AUGCAGUAUCAAAGAAGAAUAUACUUCAAUCUAUUUACAUUAAUUUUACUUGACCUAAACUAUAUCAGUUCAAAUUCAAUCCAAAACAACAAUAGAGGCUUUGGUGCAUUCGUACCAAACUUCUCUAACAACCUCAUCAAUCAUUCCUUCUCAUAUGGCAAACAGGUUGUGACACUAGGCCCAUCUUCUAAUAACUAUGGAAUCAUAAAGGAUUUGUUAGACUGCGGAGUUAACGUUUUCAGACUCAAUUUCUCGCAUGGCAAUAGGUUAUCCAAAGUUAGGAUGGUCCAACUUAUUAAGAUGGCAGAAAAAGAAUCUAACAAAUUGGUGGCCAUACUUGGUGACAUACAGGGACCAAAAAUUAGAAUAGGCAGAUUUGCCCCUAACGUAAACGCCCCCGGUAUAAGUGCCAACUCCCCAGCCGCUGAAUUUGCCAUGUUGGAAAAGGGUCAGAAAUUUGUCUUAGACACUUACCAAGUGGCGGGAGAUGCCAAUCGUGUAGAAUUACCUUACAAAGAAAUCAUCAAAUUGCUUAAACCAGGUCAUCACAUUACGCUAGAUGAUGGAAAUUUACGCUUAGUAGUCACCAGUGCUUCUAAUAUCGGUGAUGAUUAUAUUGUGGAGACAAAAGUGUUAAAUAACGGUAAAAUAUCUUCCAAAAAGGGGUUCAGCUGCCCAGAUGUAAUUGUACCCGUUGAAAUAUUUUCAGAAAAGGAUAUCAAAGAUAUGGCAAUUUGUUUGGCUAUGGACUUUGAUCUACUGGGUAUAUCAUUUGUCCAGACACACAAAGACAUGAUUUAUACUAAAAACAUAAUAUCCCAUUUCAACAAAUUUGAAAAACGCACGCAGUUAAUCGAAAAACUUAAAUCUCUUGGUAGCAAGCUAGUCAACAUGGAAGAAUCACAGGUGUUGAACGAUACGGAUGCUGAGCUUGAGCAGUUAUUGUCCGAGUUUUAUGGUUCCAUCCCCUCUAUGGAUAAAAAAUCAGUUAAAUAUGACAACAAAAUUGGUUUGAUACCUAAAAUAGAAAGGCAAUCUGCCUUGAACGAUUUCCAUAAUAUCAUGAGAGAAUCAGAUGGUGUCAUGAUCGCCAGAGGGGAUCUUGGCGUUGAAAUUGAUUUAACUAGCAUUGCAGCGGUACAAAAGAGACUUGCUCACAUUUCAAGAUUUGUGCACAGAAAACCAUGCAUUGUUGCCACGCAAAUGUUAGAGUCUAUGAUCAAAAACCCGAUGCCAACUCGUGCAGAAGUUACUGACGUUGGAAACGCCAUUUACGACGGUGCAGAUGCAGUGAUGUUGUCAGCUGAAUCUGCCUCCGGUAAAUACCCCAUUGAUGCUGUUUUGUACCAGCGCAGGAUUAUUAAUAAUACUGUGGCUGAUUAUAACUAUUACUUCAUGCUUAAGGCAUUGGCAGCAUCAAUAUCAUCAGCGUCCAAUCCAUGCACCGAAGGCAAUAAUCUUAUGCUGACUUCUGCACAAUUUAAUGGCAUUUAUAAACAAAUUUCAAUUGAUCAAACGUACCUUGAAAAUGAAAUAGCAUCGAAUAAGCUACUUAGUGACAUAGUACACAAGAUUAACGAGAUAACUGCAAAGCAUACUGUGGGUGCAAUUGCCGUGUUUACAAACAAUGUAAUUCCCGUCAAUUGGAUUGCUUCAUCUCGUAUCGGCAUUCCAAUUUUUGCAUUUGUACCAGAAUGCAUUUCCAGAAUACUUCAACUCACUUGGAGCGUAAACCCCAUCAUCUUUAAUACUAAUGAAUUUGACAUAGCGAAGGAAACUAGCAUCCAGUAUAAAUCAGUGCUGAAUGUCAUGGAUAACUUGAUUUGCAGCAGUGACGUUAACCAGCGUGCAAUGGAUAUAUUAGCAGUAGAAAAGGCCAAACAGGUGAAUACUGAAAACGUGCUUGUAGUAUCUCCUCCAAACCCUUUAACAAAUCCAAGCGAUUCGUUCUACUUGAAACUUAUAAGUUGUAAUUGA